GUCAGAUUUGCGCAUAACCGAUUUAUCUAGGAAACCACUACACAAACUCUGAAAUCAUGUGUUGUUGUCCACUAGACCACAGCACUGCGCUCUACUCUCUUUUUACGGUCUACGGCGCAAGGCCACCACGCACGCUCGACAUAUGACAGCACCCAGCAUGGGCAACUUCUUGCCCGUAGACGAGCUUUGAUUGUAUUAUGUAGCAUAGCCUACUGAUUCAGACGCUUUUUUAUCCAGUCAUUACAUUGUAGGGGGGCGUUGGAUUCGUUACAAAGACUGCUAAAAGUAGCUAACGAUUAGCGUUACAUAGCCAAAUUCUCAUACUUCAAAAAAUCUCCUAGGUUCUUCUUAACAUAAGUUCUCUUAUUUUCCCAAACGAUGGAAUGGUAUCAUGACAAGUAUGCGUAGUUAGUUAGGUAACAUGCGGUUUUGCACACAUGAACGUUAGAUAGCGAACGUUUUAGCUUGGGUUACUGCCGGUACAGCAAGGCAUAACUAGCUAACGUUACUUUUGUGAACUUCGAACGGGUGCAAGUGCAAGUCCCUCCUGAGGGCCCUGUGAAGCCAUGAAAGCACAGAAAGUCUCAUCACAACCCAAACGGACUUUGCGAAAUGGCAACAAAAGAGCUAAGAACUCCAAAUGGCACGGCCACAAUAAAUCAUUCCAUGCAGAUGCUCCUGCAUCAGCUAGCUAUGAGCACCAGAUAGCCAGCAGUGGACAACCCAGCCUGAAACCGCUGAAGAGGCAGUAUGCUAAAGCUGUCAGCGCUAGGACUGUGAGCAGCCUUCUACCUGCAGGACAGAAAUGUAAGCGCCUAGCAACACAUACGCACAGCAAUGGACAGGCUGUGAGUGUGUCUAGCAGCUGUGACAGUGAAACAGAGGACUCGCGGGGCUGGAGGGCCUAUGCCCAGUCUGUGCUUCAGAAUGGCAUGCAGACCAAUGCUGAUGCUGAAGAGAGCUUGCCGUCAGAACACCUAGGGGAAGACAUUCAACCGUUUCUCACCCAGUUUGACCAUGUCAACAACCGCACCUUGAUGGUUAUGCGACCAGGCCAGACAUUGUGUUUUCGGGGAAAGUGCCUGCUGACGUGCUUGUAUGGGCGGGUGGAAGUGUUGGGCUUCACCAUCGAGGAGGGCCAGCAGCCCUACCCCCUGUACUCCCCAUCCUCUCACUGCCCCCUCACCAUCACUGCCUUGGCAGACAGUUCCCUAUCCACCAAAAACCGCAAAGAAGGCCGGCAGGAAGCCAAGAUGGUUGUGCGCAAGUACCUGUCCUCUGUGCCAAGGAAGCAUCUGCUGAAUGAGAUGGAUUCAGAUUCAUGUGCUAUUCUGCUUGAAGCCCUGGAUAACCCCCUCACGCGCUUCCUCACGAGCCAGUCCCAGCUCAAGGAGCUCUUCUGCCUCAGCUCGAGAGAACUCCGUGCAGACUCGGCAGUGGAUAACUCUGCUUUGAGUGCAGUGGGAGUGACAGCCCUGAACAGUAGUGGCAGCCCGGGGCUGAUGACCUCCAGGAGCUACAGAGAUGCGCUGCACAGACUGGUUCGAGUAUGGGGAGAUGAUGAUUGUGAUCGCUGUCCAGUUAUCCUGGUGUAUGGUGCUAGGAAUUCUGGGAAGUCUACCUUUGUUCGUCACCUCAUCAACAGCCUCCUUAACCACACUACCAGCGUAGAAUACAUGGAGUGUGAUGUGGGACAGACCGAGUUCACCCCCCCAGGAUGCCUCUCUCUGUCAGCGGUCACAGAGCCUCUUCUAGGCCCUCCCUUCACCCAUCAGCAGGAGCCCAGACACAUGGUGUACUACGGCCAGGCUGAUUGCCAAUCUGAUCUCGAUCGCUACCUGGACUCCCUGAAGUCACUGUGGCGCCACAGCAGUGGUGAUAUGCCAGUCAUCAUUAACACCAUGGGCUGGGUUAGAGGUCUCGGUUUUCAGCUGUUGGUUGACCUUGUUCGUUUCUUCUCCGUGACUCACGUGGUUCAGCUCAGUUUUGGAGAAACCUCUCAAUGUCCUGCACUCACUCCUGAGUUCCUGAGAACUGCUCACGGCUGGCAGACGCACCCCCCAGCCCCGUCCGCUCUAGGACAAGCUGAGCUCCAGGAAGCCCCAAACAGCCAUGUGUUCCUCAGCAUCCACUCCGAGUUCCCUGGGGCUGGCACCUCAGGGGAGAUGCGACACCAGCGCAGUAAUGAAUUGAGGGAUCUGUCUCUCAUGGGAUACUUCAGUCAAAUGCAGUCCCCAGACUCAAGUCUUGUUCGGCCUCUACACUGCUUCACCCCUUACCAGGUGUCCGUCUCAUCUGUGGCUAUUGGUGUGACUCAUUGUGAGGUGGCCCCCUCACACAUCCUGUAUGCGGCCAACGCCAGCCUAGUGGGACUGUGCUGCCUGGAUGAGAAUGUGGCUGGUCGGGGUGGUCCAAUGCUCCUUUCUCAAACUCCCAUUUGCCCGUGUGUUGGCCUGGGUGUUUUGAGGGGUGUGGAUAUGGUAAGGGGUCUCUAUCUCCUGGUGACUCCUGUCCCUCCAGCUCUUCUCCGUCGAGUCAACUGCCUUCUGCUCGGGGAAAUCUCCCUGCCUAAAGCCCUGCUUACCACACAGUCUGGAGUGGACGGAGACCUACCUUAUGUCACCACUGACUACAGCUUUGAGCUGACUGGAGCAGGGAAGCUCCACGUCUUUAAAGGACUGGCCAGGCCAGGUUUUGUCAAGGCCAAGUAACUAGGUAGAAACCAGGAUGUCAGAAAUAGGACUUUAUUGACUUUAUUUGACCAAGACAGCAAGAACUACAUUUGUUGCCUUUGUUUAUAGUCUGGGUAUGCAAUGUUUUGGUCCAUGUGAUGGUCAGAUGCACUACAGCCAAGGAGACAAAUUGUGGUGUUUUCCUGAAAGAUCAUUGUCUCCAUAAAUAUAGGGUCAUGUCUCCAUUAAUAUAGGGUCAUGUCAUUACCUGCACAAAAUUGUCAUCUUACAGGUCCAACCAGCUUGGUAAUUGCUUAAAUUUAAUUUUUAAAUUUAGUAUUUUUUUUUUCAUUGCCAUGCAUUCACAAAGGUGCUGAUCUAACAAACCUGAAGACUUCUUCAACAGCCCGCUGAACAUUAUCAUACAAAGUUAUUGAGUGUUUCACUGAACGUUUGGAACCAUAACAACCUCUGCUUUCUUUUCAUAUAAGGAUAAUUUUUAAGCUAUAUCUAAAUGGAUGAGUGGUUCAGAGUGCUCAGACAUUACAUUCAGAUAGAGAACAAGUAGAUUGAACCACUUUAGUUUCAAAAUAAAGAACUGUUUUGGAUGCAUCCAAUAGAGAAGGAUUAGUUUGAAGAUAUGUUUGAAGCUGUUUACGUUUUUCAUCUGGUCCAAUGUGAAUUUAUAAUUAAGGAAAGUUGGGAACUAUUCUGCAAGUCUUUUUACUUGCCGUUCUGUAUUUAAAUUUCACUGCAUUGUGGACUUGCAGCAAUUCUGUUCUAGUCAUCAUCGGUCAAGGAGCCACUGUGAGGGAACCUUCCCUAGUCUGGAUCUCUUACAACAUGGUCUGUCUAGUGUCUAUCAGUCCAAACCACAUGGUCUAGUGUCUAUCAGUCCAAAAACCUGGUUCUAACUAUAUUGCUUUGUGUGGCCAGCAGACAUUUUUUGUUCUAGACUGGACUUGCAUAUUUUACCCUAUUUUGUCAUGGUUAGGAAAGUUGUGUGACUUUUUUUUUGUAUUACCUUUUGGCAGAAACUCUCUGAUCUGUUGUACUGAUUAAAAGAUUGUCACAGCAAAAUCAAUGCUUAAAUAUAUCCAAGUUUGUGACCUUAAAAACUACACUGCUUGUACAUUUUGUUUAAAAAACAAACAAACAAAAAGAAAUCACACUGAUGAUUUGUUUCUUCUGUGUGUUCAUUUCUAUUGGUUUCAAGUACUUUGUUUCCACAAUUUAGUGUAGACACACCAGUUCCCAUUGUUUCAGUUUUUUGUUUGUCUUAAAAUAAAGUACACGUGUUACAGAUCUAA